GUAAAAAAAGAAAACAACAAUAAUUUUAGUCAUAGUUUAGUGACAACUAUAAAAUAGUAAAAUAAUAUCUAAAUUGCAUUUUUAUGUUUUAUUUAAAUAUACAAAAUAUUUGUUAUAUUUAGCACUCAACCGAAAAUAAUUGAUAUUAUUUGAAUUGUAAAAAAACCAGACUGAAUAAACAUGUCUGAAACAUACGAUUAUUUAUUUAAAUUUUUAAUAAUCGGUAGUGCUGGCAGUGGAAAAAGUUGUUUAUUGCAUCAUUUUAUUGAAAAUAAAUUUAAAGAUGACAGCUCUCAUACCAUUGGCGUAGAAUUUGGAUCACGUAUUGUUAAUGUCGGUGGUAAAUCGGUAAAAUUACAGAUUUGGGAUACUGCUGGUCAGGAACGUUUUCGUUCGGUCACCCGUUCAUAUUAUCGCGGGGCAGCUGGAGCUCUAUUGGUCUACGAUACAACUUCACGUGACUCGUUCAAUGCUUUAACUAACUGGUUGAACGAUGCUAGAACAUUGGCAAGUCCCAAUAUAGUAAUUCUCUUAGUGGGGAAUAAAAAAGAUUUAGAAGAAGCCAGAGAUGUUACAUUUUUGGAGGCAAGUACAUUCGCUCAAGAAAAUGAAUUAAUAUUCCUGGAAACAAGUGCAAAGACAGGUGAAAAUGUUGAAGAGGCAUUUUUGAAAUGUUCGAAAACCAUUCUGGCUAAAAUAGAAACUGGCGAGCUAGAUCCAGAACGUAUAGGCAGUGGUAUACAAUAUGGUGGGGCUGCCUUAAGAAAUUUGCAACAAACACGACAACGAAGUAUUAAUAAGCCUGAUUGUGGUUGUCGCGUUUAAAUUUAUACAACACUGUGUAUAGUGUUUUAAUUUCCUUUAUUUUUUUUACUCCGGCAUAUCCUUAUAUUUUAUCUCUGUGUAUUUAUAGUGUUUUUAUUAUUUUUAAACAUUUACAAUCAAUAUCCAAAUCUCAUGUAAGUAGUAAUAAGCACUUUAACGCAUAUAAUUUCUAAAUUCUUCGUAAUAAGUCAAUGUAUAUUGGAUACCUAUUGAUUAUAGGUUGGUUUUUCUUUUAUAUUUUAUUCCACGUUUUAUUCAAUUAAACCUUGGCCCAACUUCGCCAUUAUUAUGUUUUUUCUUGUUUGUACACUUAGUUUUUCUAAAUUAUUUAUUUAAAUUUGCUACUCCUUUUGAAUUGUUUAUCCUAAAUUUGUGAAAAGUGUUUUGAUUGGUUGGCUUUUAAAUGAAUGAGGAAAAUGUAAUUUUUAGUUAAUAUUAUUUUUACUCUAAGCAUUUCUCUUUGUAUAUAAUAAGACCAAUAAACUACAAAAAUAAAAUAAAUCUCUUUGUAGUCUGUAGAAACUGAAUUACAUAUUUACAUACAAUUAUUAAGAAAAAUAAUAAAAAAUUAAUGUUGCACCCAA